AUGGCAACUAUCCCGGAGACCUACCGAGCCGUUCGUCGUAGCGCAGGCACGCCGAGUCUAGAGAAUCCCCUGCGUCUAGAGUUCUCCACGGAAAAGACACUUCCCGAAGGCGGGUUGCGCAGCAACGAGGUGCUAAUCAAAGUCCACGCCGUGUCGCUCAACUACCGCGAUGUGUCGAUGCUCCACGGCAACUAUCCAUCACCCGUUACCCCGCGGGGCAUCUUGGCGUCCGACUGCGGUGCCGAGGUGGUAGCCGUCGGCGACAGCGUGACCAAGUUCAAGGUUGGCGACCACGUCAGUCCCACGUUCGAUCUGGGCAACCUCACGGGCGAGAUCGGGCCCGAGGGCCACAUCGCUGUUGGCGGAGAUGUCGAUGGUGUGUUGAGAGAGUAUGCCAUCUUUGAAGACAAGUACCUGGUGCACCUGCCAAAGCACCUCUCUUGGGAAGAGGCUUCAACCCUGAGUUGCGCGGGCAUCACCGCCUGGAAUGCCCUUAAUGCACCCCAUUCCUUCCACAAGAAGAAGACGCCCCAGUCUCUAGCUCAUAUGAAUGCAGGAACCGGCGGCGUAAGCCUCCAAGCCCUGCUAAUCGCCCUCGCGGGCGGUAUUACGCCCAUCAUCACCUCAUCGUCCGACGAGAAACUGAACAACCUCCGUGAAAAACUCGGCAGGCCAGACCUCUUGGGUUUCAACUACCGUACCCACCCGGACCAGGCCGCCGAAGUGAAGCGGCUCACGGGCGGCCGGGGCGUCGACAUUGUCGUCAACAACGCCGGGCCAGUCAGUUUUCUGGCCGAUAUUGACUCGCUCGUGCAGUCGGGGGGAACCAUUUCCAUAGUAGGGUACCUAGGCGGGUUCCAAGCUGAUUGGAAUCCGGGUGAGCUGUUCAAAUUGGUUGCCAAGCAUGCAAAGCUCCAGGGCGUUCUUGUUGGCUCGCGGGACGACUUUGAGGCCAUGAACAAGCUGUUCGAGGAGAAGCGUGUUUCGCUGCUUCCGCUGGUGGAUGACAAGGUGUUUGACUUUGACGAGUCCCAGGCGGCGUUUGACUAUUUGUGGUCAGGCAAGCACGUCGGGAAAGUUGUCAUUAGAGUUUAG